AUGGCACUAGGUAAGCGAUCUUCAUGCGGAUACCUGUUUUUAAUUGUCUCCUUCUUCAACAAAUGUUGCUCAGAUCCACCAAGCGCCGUGACCCUGCAUGUCAACACCACACAUUCAUGUGAGAGCGACACGGAGUGCAGCGCUGAUGUCACAAUCGGAAGUCGCUAUCGAUUCGCCUGCAACGCGUCAGGUUCGAGUCCAGCCAGUAACAUCACCUGGCUGAUCAAUACCAAGGCCCGUUCGGGAAUGGGACAGACAGAGAUCUCUCCAGAUUGGAGUCAGUCACGCCAAGGUGAGACCAACGAGGACUGGGAAACCUCGAGUCGGAUCGAUCUGCAGAUACUCCCAGAGCAUCACCAGGGAAGCAUCGCAUGCAGGGCGACGUUUCCCGACGGAGGCACAGUGUUCAGAGAGAUAACCGUGAAACUGAUUGCAGACGACAAACAUGAGGUAUUGCUGCUCGCCAUCCUCAUACCGACUGCGGUGGCUGUGUUCAUAGUCGGCGUCGUUGCAACUGUUGGCAAAUUGCGGUCAAACAUCAAGGGUGAAAGAGCAAGAGGCUAUAGAAUUUCUACACAGGAGGUAAUAUUGUCCAGAGUAAGUCCAUACGAAAUAGAAGGGCAAGAGACCGAGUUUAAAUGCACACUUCGAACAGACCAAUGCCAAAGUAUCCCACAGUAUUUUUUCUGGCUUAUUAACGGGUCACAUUUGUCGGAUGGGCCCGAAUUGAGAAGAUCGUGUGAGAGUCGCCUAAAGAAAAAGUUGUACAGAGACCAGACAGGAUCCACGUUGAUGUGUGUAUCGCAACCGGCUAGUAAAAACGCGAGUUUGACGUUAAACGUAAUGUAUCCACCAAGUGCCAUGACCCUCCAAGUCAACACCACUCAUUCAUGUGAGAGCAACACGGAGUGCAGCGCUGAUGUCACAAUCGGAAGUCGCUAUCGAUUCAUCUGCAACGCGUCAGGUUCGAAUCCAGCCAGUAACAUCACGUGGCUGAUCAAUACCAAUGCCUGCUCGGGAAUGGGACAGACAGAGAUCCCUCCAGAUUGGAGUCAGUCACGCCAAGAUGAGACCAACGAGGACUGGGAAACCUCAAGUCAAAUCCAGCUGCAGAUACUCCCAGAGCAUCGCCAGGAAAGCAUCACAUGCAGGGCGACGUUUCCAGACGGAGUGUUUAGAGAGAGAGUCAUGGAAUUGAUUGUCAACGACAAACUAGAUGAACUGCAGCUGCUGGCCAUCGGCAUACCGGCUGCGGUGACUGUGUUCGUAAUCGUCGUCAUUGCAACUUUUUGCACAUUGCGGUCCAAUGCCAAGCGUAAAAGAGCACAAGAGGUUACAGAGGUAAUGGAGGAAGGCACUAUGAAGAAAUGUAACUUUCCCCGGAGCAAGAUUACGCUGUUCGAUGUCAUUGGAAGUGGGAACUUCGGUCAGGUCUUCAGGGCAACUGCAGACGGGAUACUGCAGGAAGGAGUCGAGACAGAGGUGGCUGUGAAAGUACUCAAAGAGUCUGCUGAUGAAGCAGCCGCCUGUGACUUCAAGAAGGAAAUCGCGAUCCACAAAACUUUGAAGAGACAUCCGAAUGUAGUCUCCAUGUUUGGAUGCUGCACUGACUCGGAACCCUUCGUCAUCAUUCUGGAGUUACUACCAGGGGGCAGUCUACAGGGUUACCUGAGAAACAAGAAAAAGGCGUGGACGGAGGAAGCCGUAGAAGGCGCUAAACCUGUCCCUCCAUCCGAGCUGCUUGCUUUUGCCUCUCAGAUCGCGAGUGGCAUGGAAUACCUGUCAUCAGUUGGGCAUAUACAUUUUUUUUUUCUGCAAUGCAUUCACCGUGAUUUAGCCGUUCGUAAUGUCCUCCUUGAUAAAGACAUGGUAUGCAAGCUGUCCGACUUUGGCCUAGCGCGUGAUGUUUCUGAGACACAACACUACGAAAUGACUUCAAUGGGGAUGAUUCCAGUUCGCUGGUUGGCUAUCGAGAGCCUGCUUGACGAUGUCUAUACCACCAUGAGUGAUGUCUGGUCAUUCGGCGUUCUGCUGUGGGAGAUUGUCACACUGGGUGCCCACCCCUAUCGUGGCAUGCAUGCACGUGACGUAAUUGAUUCCAUAGAACGGGGCUUUCGGUUACCAAAUCCCACCCACUGCAGCGAACAACUUUACGAGGUAAUGAAUGAGACCUGGCAGGAGACGCCUAGCGAACGCCCGACAUUUCGCGAAUUGAGAGAGACCCUUGAAGGAAUGAUCCCUGAUGCUCCGAUUUACCUGGAUAUGGCGAACUUUGUGGCCGAUCACUACGUGGGAGAAAACUCUUGA